UUGGGCCAGGCUCUUGAUGAUCCUGACUUGGAUAUCAACAUGCCACUUGAUGAGUGCGCCCAUACCGCCCUUCACUGGGCUUCAGCGCUAGCUAGAAUCAGUCUCGUCCGGGAAUUCAUCAAGUCUGGUGCAGAUGUGUUUCGAGGCAACAAUGUAGGCGAGACCCCGUUGAUACGUGCAACACUGGUGACAACCAACUUCGAUCACAGCUGUUUUGAUCAACUUUUACAAAUCUUGUACCCGUCCCUAUGCACCACUGAUCACCAGAAACGCACUGUCCUACAUCACAUUUGUUUAACGGCAGGCAUCAAGGAUCGUGUCGAGAGCGCUCGGUAUUAUAUGGAAUGCAUUUGCGAGUGGAUUGUAAAACGACAUGAGGGUCGGUUCGAGAAGGAGUUUAUUGAUGCAAUUGAUUACAAUGGAGACACAGCUCUCAACAUUGCUGCACGUGUUGGUAACAAGCAUCUCGUUCAGAUGCUUCUGGAUGUCGGUGCUUCCAAGACUAUAUCAAACAAAUUGGGACUGGGUCCGGCAGAUUUUGGAGUCUGCAUAGGGGACUCGUCAUCACAGCCUGUCCUAGAAAACAAUCAACCCUCAGCUAUGCCUGAGCAUGACAGCCGCCCGGAGCGUCCGCGCACAACCAAUGAGAUAAUUGAGUCGAUGACGACCCUUAUCAACACGCUUACCUCCGGGUUUGAUGACGAGAUCCAGCUUCAUUCCACAGCAUUGGACCGUGUGCUUGGUAAACUGAAAACUUCUAGUCAUGAGCUGACAGAGCAACGAAGGCUUCUAGAAGCAGCUAAGCAAGAGCUCGACGGACUUAACUUGGUUGAGCUGAGGC